AUGGUGGAUUACAUAGCUAAUUACCUUGAAACUAUUCGGACAAGAAGAGUGUAUCCAGCUGUGUCACCUGGAUAUUUAAGGAAUAUUUUACCAAUAUCAGCACCAGUUAAUGGUGAACCAUGGGAGAACAUUUUUCAGGAUAUUGAAAAAUGUAUCAUGCCAGGCGUAACUCAUUGGCAAAGUCCUCAUAUGCAUGCAUAUUUUCCGGCACUUAAUUGCCCAGCUAGUUUAUUAGCGGACAUGUUAGCCGAUGCUAUUAAUUGUCUUGGAUUCACUUGGGCAUCAAGUCCAGUUUGCACAGAGUUAGAGACCGUCGUAAUGAAUUGGCUUGGAGAAAUGAUUGGAUUACCUGAAGAAUUUUUACAUUGUCCGGAAGGAUCUGGUGGUGGAGUAAUACAAACAACUGCUUCUGAAUCCACGUUAAUUUGUCUUUUAGCUGCUAGAUCACGAGCUUUACGUGCUAUACAAGAAAAUGAUCCUGAUAAAUCACCAGGAGAAAUUAAUUCCCAUCUUGUUGCUUAUUGUUCUGAUCAAGCUCACUCCAGUGUAGAAAAAGCCGGGCUAAUUGGGCUAGUACAAAUGAGGUACAUCGAAUCAGAUGAUAAAUUGAGCAUGCGGGGAGACAUGUUGAUGGAAGCAAUCAUCCGGGAUCGUGAAGCUGGAUUAGUACCAUUCUUUGUAUGUGCAACUCUUGGAACAACUGGUGCUUGUUCUUUUGACAACCUUAGUGAAAUAGGACCAAUCUGUGAAAAAAAUUGUAUAUGGUUACAUAUCGAUGCUGCGUAUGCAGGAAGUGCUUUUGUCUGUCCUGAGUUUCGAGGAUGGUUACGAGGUGUUGAAUUUGCGGAUUCUAUAGCAUUUAAUCCAAGUAAAUGGCUCAUGGUCCAUUUUGACUGUACAGCUAUGUGGGUCAAGAAUAGUCAAGCACUUCACAGGACUUUCAACGUUGAUCCACUGUAUUUAAAACAUGAAAAUUCUGGACUUGCAAUUGAUUACAUGCAUUGGCAAAUACCGCUAUCAAAGAGAUUUCGAGCAUUAAAACUUUGGUUUGUGAUCAGAAAUUAUGGAAUAACUGGAUUGCAGAAGCAUAUUCGUGAAGGUGUUCGUUUAGCUAAAAAAUUUGAGGCUCUCGUUUUGGGGGAUUCGAGAUUCGAAAUUCCAGCAGUAAGACACCUUGGUAUGGUUGUAUUUCGUCUUCGUGGAGAGAAUUCAUUGACAGAGAGACUUCUUAAAAAAAUGAAUAGCAAUGGCAGAGUUCACUGUGUUCCAGCAUCAUUGCAUGGAAAAUAUGUUAUACGUUUUACUGUUACUUCAACAAAUACAACCAAUGAGGAUAUUUUGCGUGAUUGGGCUGAAAUAAAAACAACGGCUUCUGAAAUUUUAUCAACGGCUACUGUUUCACCAGCUAGAGUUAAAGUUUCUCUUGCAGAAACACGUCAGAAAAACGAGAACUUUGGAUCAAGUUUAUUGCUUGCUAAUUCGCCAAUGUCACCAAAAAUAGUUAAUGGAAGUUUCGCAGCAAUAUAUGACACAGCUGACGUAUUCAAUGAUUGUAUGAAAGCAUUUGGACAACUGCGCUUAGAACCACGUGACAGCCCAGCGAUGCGACGUCGCAUUCGAGGUAUUUUAAUGUCAGGUAAACAAUUUUCGUUAGAUUCACGAAUGGACUUGGUUCAGGGAUAUGCAUCUUGUGGACGUCCUUUAUCCGAACCUUCUACGACAUUACCUUUAAUGAAAGAAGAUGAAGAUUAUAACGGAAAAAAUGAUUCGAAUUUCAGUAUUGACAAAACUGACAAACCUAUUGGCAUCUAUUACGAUAACACGACAUCGAAAUCAAAUUCAGACGAUUCGAUUGGCGUGAAUAAUCAUCAGGUGAGUUUUCAAACGAACGCUGAGAACACUAUGAUGAAUUUUGAGAUCAAUGAGUUAUACGUGGGAAAAACAAUUACAAAGAGCGAAACCAUUGGUGGAAUAAGUGGUUUAAUCAAUACUACAUUCACAAUUCAAUCACAAUCUGAUGAAACAAUGAAUAAUAAGGAUUUAAAAAAGAAAUAG